AUAAAUAUUUAUGUCCGUGCAUGAGCACGGGAAAAUCACCUAGUGAUUAAGAUAAAUAGCAUGUAUAGCAUAGAUGAAUUAGGAUUUUUACUAAAAUAUAUAAAGCCAAAAAAUUAGGGUUGAACAACGCAACCAACUACAACAAAAAAUUGUGAUAUAACAAACUAAGUCCCACAUUGAAGAAUUAGACAAAGAGUGUCUAAUAUAUAAAGAGAUGUCCAACUCUAAUAGUACGAGGCCUUUUGGGAUGGAAGCCAAAAGUAAAUCCAUGCGGGCUUGCCAAUUAAGCCCAAAGUGGACAAUAUCGUACUAAUCGGAUAAUAAAGAGUUGGACAUGGGCUGUGUAAUCCCAACAAUUGGUAUCAGAGCACAGUUGACGAGAAAUCUGCAAGAAAGACCGAAAUACCCUUUGAAUGAUGAAUGAGUGAUGAAUGGGUAUCCUAUGAGUUAGGAAUGAGAGGUGUGUAGCAGAUAUCGAGUCAGAAGAUCCUGAAAGUCAGUUGUGGGACACGAGAUGAAUGUGAUCCUUAGUUUGAAGGGGAGAAUGUGAUAUAACAAACUAAGUCUCACAUUGAAGAAUUAGACAAAGAGUGUCUAAUAUAUAAAGAGAUGUCCAACUCUAAUAGUACGAGGCCUUUUGGGAUGGAAGCCAAAAGUAAAUCCAUGCGGGCUUGCCAAUUAAGCCCAAAGUGGACAAUAUCGUACUAAUCGGAUAAUAAAGAGUUGGACAUGGGCUGUGUAAUCCCAACAAAAAUCAAGAAGCUUCACCGUCUUCAUUUAUCUGCGUCGUGCACUGCUUCCCUUGUGCGGUAGGUCGUUCUCUUCUCGAAGAUCUGAGUCCAUGCUUCCUGAAAUAAAGAGAUAUAUAUAAACGUUCCCGUGCUAAUACCUUGUUAGAGUUUCUCAUAUAGACCAGUCGGAAUAUAACCCUAUUUUUGGAAUAUUGGCUGUAGUUUUUUUUUUUUUUUUUAGUAAAAAUAUUGGUUGUAGUUUAUGAUUUUGGGAGGUUAAUAUUUGGUUUCUACGUUAUCGUGGGACUUGCCAUCUUUUUUGUUUCUGAUGUGCAUCCCCUUCACUAUAAUAUUUGAUUUUUUAUUUUAAUCCUUUUCUUGGCAGUAAUCAUGGCUGAUGAAAUUAACGAGAUGCAACAAGAACUUGCACCCUUUGACCCAACCAAAAAGAAAAAGAAGAAGAAAGUUGUUCUUCAGGAUCAUGCUGAGAGCUCAUCACCAGAAUUGCAGAUGGAGAAAGCUGAUGAUCCAAUGCCUGCAGGAGUUAAUGAUGGUCUUGAAAGCGCAGUUAGUGGAAUGAAAAAUAGCAAGAAGCCAGUUGAUUCCAGCUCACUGAAUGAAGAAAGUGUUGAAGCCGUAGAAGAUUCGGAUGGCCAUGAGGAAGAGAAAGGAGUAAUCCAGCAGGAGAAUCGUUAUCCUUGGGAGGGAAGUGAUAGAUUGUACCUAUAUGAAGAGAUGCUUGGUAGGGUCUUCAACAUUCUGCGUGAAAACAAUCCGGACCUAACUGGAAAUAGGCGUCGUACAGUUAUGAGGCCUCCUCAAGUUCUUCGUGAGGGGACAAAGAAGACGGUCUUUGUCAACUUUAUGGACCUUUGCAAAACGAUGCAUCGACAACCAGAUCAUGUUAUGGCGUUCUUGCUUUCUGAGUUGGGUACUAGUGGCUCACUUGAUGGCCAGCAAAGGUUGGUUGUUAAAGGGAGGUUUGCACCCAAGAGCUUUGAAGCGAAUCUGCGAAAAUAUGUCAAUAACUAUGUCAUUUGCCAUGGUUGCAAGAGCCCAGACACAAAUCUUACAAAGGAGAAUCGUCUCUUCUUUAUGAGAUGUGAACAGUGUGGAUCAGAACGAUCUGUGGAACAGAUCAAAGCUGGUUAUGUUGCACUCGUUGGUAAAAGGAAGACUUGAUGAUACCAAAGAGGUUUUUAACCUCUAAAGAAUAAAGAGCAGUCUAUGGAGCCGUGAUGUUUUUUUUUUCCUUCUAACUUUCUAAUAAGUAUCUGUCACACACUUGUCUUGUCUUUUUGCUGAGUCUAAUUAUCACAUUUUAUUACAAUAACUAUAAUGAAUAUAAACCAAAUUACAAACACAUCAAAAAAAAAAAACGCAUGCAAUUGAUAAAAUGUUCAAGAAAAUGAUAACAUAAGGUUUAUUUUCAUAAAGUUUGACAAAGUGAUUCACGUUUUUUUUCAAUCCAAAAGACUUGAAAAAGAGUUGGUUUGACAAAGACAGACAACACUUGAGCAAAGUUAUCAUCACGAAGACAACAACUCGAUCAAACUUCAAAAGCUGUUAAUGACAAAAGACUUUCAACUCAACAUAAGUUUUAAAAA